AUGUCUGUGGUUGGGGGUGUUACAGUUUACUGUGACCCACAUACCUACCCCACGGCACGGGAAGUGCAUUUCAUCACUAGGGAUCUACACCUGGAAGUUGCCGUAGGUAUUCAUCCGAAACAUGAUUUGACAUCUGACCAAUUUGAUCGGCUUUACUCCCUAUCAAGAAUGAGGGAGGUGAGGAUCCUAGGGGAAAUUGGCCUUGAUCAUACCCGGCCCCCCUUGGAUUGGUAUCGCCAGGAAAACCUCUUUCGAAGAGUAUUGAACCGGUGCUAUGCCCAUCACCAGCACCGGGUAGUGUAUUUGCACCUACGUGGUAUGGCCGGUGAUCCCACGGCAGGGGAGUGUUACUCUCGGGCUUUGGAUAAUUUACGGCUGUCCCGCAUCCCUCGGGAGCAACGCUUGCUGCUGCACAACUACACCUCCACCGUUGCCAUUGCCGAUGCCUUCCGUCAUCAUUUUCCCGCCAUGCUUUUCAGCUUUUCGUUGGCCGUGAGUGGGUUCAACAACCAACAACGCCAGGCAUGCAGGCACAUCGAAGCUGUAGAUGACAGGCGGUUGCUGCUGGAAUCCGAUGGACCACACUUCGCACCAGCGGGACAUCGAGUUGGUUCCCCCCAUCUUCUAUGGGCAACAGCGGCAGCAGUUGGGGAGGUGCUCGGCCGUGAACCCUGUCAGAUCCUGGAUCUGACAUGGAAGAACGGACGGGACCUUUUCUAA